AGGACUCAGAGCGAGGGGCGACACUGCGCACGCGCGACCUCGCACCUUUCUACUUUGAGACAUUGAGAAGGAAUCCCUGCUCUGAGCGAGGGGCGACACUGCGCACGCGCGAACCCGCACCUUUCCACAUGCAGGCACAUAGGGAUACUGCGCAUGCGCCACACGGCUGAAGGGAUUGCCCCGAGCUCUCAGGGGCGACACUGCGCACGCGCACACGGGCACCUUUCCCUUCAUGGGGCGGAGCGAGGAAGGGCACGGCUCCAACCGCGCAUGCUCCGCCCGACGAAAAGGGUAGGAGCCUGGGAAGCCGCGCAUGCGCUCUUGUUCGGGGGGCGGCGAGCGAGGAGCCUCAGCGGCGGCGAGGGCGAGGGGCAAAAAGAAGGGAAGGGGAGCGAGGGGAGGAAGGAAGGGAGGAAGGAAGGGGCGGCUUAGCGCGCAUGCGCCUCGAGCGGGCUGGCGGCGGCGGAGGGCCCUGACGAUGGAAGAUGAGGAGGUCGCGGAGAGCUGGGAGGAGGCGGCCGACAGCGGGGAAAUAGACAGGCGGCUGGAGAAGAAGCUGAAGAUCAGCCAGAAGGAGAGCCGGAAGCCGCGCUCCCCGCCGAAGGCCCCCCCGGUGGUGCUGCAGGACGAGGGCCUUCCCUUGGCAGGGCCCCCUCCCCAGAUCCGCAUCCUGAAGCGUCCCACCAGCAACGGGGUCCUGGGCAGCCCUCGCACCGCCAGCCGGCCCGCCUUCCCCGUCAAGUCCCUGGCCCAGAGGGAGGCCGAGUACGCCGAGGCUCGCAAGCGCAUCCUGGGCAGCGCCAGCCCCGAGGAGGAGGAGGACGACGACGAGGAGCAGCAGCAGCGCGGGCCCGACAAGCCCCUCCUCGACAGGCCCCCCAGGAUCUCCCACCCGGACGAGGCCCGGCCGGCCAGCAACGUGAUCCGCCAGCCGCUGGGGCCGGAUGGUUCGCAGGGCUUCCGCCAGCGCAGAUAGACAUGGCCGCCGCCUCGCGUCUGCUGCAUCUGCCGCCAUGGAGAAGCAAGGCCGGCUGCUCCGCUGCGGCUCCCUCCUCCUCUUCCGCUCUCUCCGUCCUGCUCGGCCUGGACAGAUGGACCUGAGCGGCGGGAGGGUGGCCGUUGCGCCUUCCCUCCAGCCCCUUGCACUGUGAGCCCCGCUUUACUCCGCUGCCACCUCUGACCAGCCUGCAGCAAUAAUGGCCUUCGUGCCAGGGGAUCCUUGUACGUUUCCUCAGGGCGCAGGAGCCUCCGGGGCCCCUUUGCGCGGGUUGGCUUGGAGGGGGGAGAGGAGGUCUUCGUAGCGGGAAGUUAGGGGCUUUCCGGGGUGCUGGUAAGGGACAGCAGGCCGAGGAUACGAGGGAGAGACGGAGGCCGGGCUUGCCGUGAGCCCAGACUUCGGCCCCGGCAGCCUUUUGCGUUAGGAGGAGGAGGAGUGGGGAAGGCGCAGAGGGCAAGUAACGUUUUGCAAAGGGUCGCCCGUAAUAGAGGGAGGGAGAGGGAGCAGCCAGCCCUCCAAGGGGCCCCUCCAGCAGCCAUAUUAGGGCCCGACUCCGGGCCUCCUUGCUUCUUCUUCUUCUUCACUGUGUUUCCAGAGUCUGCCUUGUCGUCCCACCGCCUGGUUUCCGGGGGACGGGACCCCGGCCGGGAGGGGACGGGGAACGUGUUGGGGGACCGGGGUGGGGGGCCGGGGGCUUGAGACACAGACACUGGGGCGUCUCCUCUUGUGCUGGAUCAGAAGUGGAACCGGUGCCUCUUUUUGGGGAGGGAGUGGGUGGGUGGGGGGGCUUUGAGGGUGGGCCUCUUUGUAUGCCGACCCCAGACUUGUACGGAAAACACUGCAAAGAUUUGGUUCAACAAAGUCAUAGUAAUAAUAAACAAAUAAUAAAUAAACAACGAGAACAACGACAAUAAUAAAUAAACUACCUGUGUACAAAAAA